AUGGCCUGGUGUCCUCUGGUGGCGCCCCUGACACGAGAUGCACCCCCCGAUGGCCUGUGCGUGGCACACAUGCGCGCCCUUCUGCCGGGACAGCUGGAGCUGCGCCUUCUGUGGCGUAACAGCACUGCUGCAGUGUUGCCCCUUAAGGUGGAGCAGCUCUGGACUGGAACGGAGCACACCCUUGCCUGCCACAUCAGUUGGGCUUCCACAGAAGUGGUUCCACGUGUCAAACUUCUGGCACCAGCCCUGAUCCAGCCCGAGUCCCUUAUUCUGGGACCCAGAGCACAGCUGGCCCUCGAUGUGUCUGGGGAGCUGUCUCUGGAGCCCAAUGGCGCGGCAGUGCGGCUGGAACCGCAACCCCCCGUGCUGCAUGCCCUCUUGGCUACUGGAUCUGCCCUUCUCUCUGUCCAACGGGAGUCUCAGCAGAGCAUAUACCUGGUUCGGGUGGACACAGUGGCAUACGCUCUGGUACGGCCAGUUGGUGGGGAGCCUUGGGGGGCCGGCGAUGCGCCCUUGUCUCUGUCCAUUGGUCUGGAGCUUCUGGUGGAGGUGCUCCUGUACAACAGUCUUGGCCAACGCUUCCAUGCCUCCAACCUUAGCGUAGAGGCCCACAGCUCUCGGAGUGACCUUGUGUUAGUGGAGCGGCAAGGUGAUGGCAGUGGUUACUGGAAGCUGCGUGUGCGCGGUGCUGGCUCAGCAUUGGUCUGCUGGUCUAUAGGCGGCAGUGGCAACAACGUCGAAGUCUUGCUGCCCCUAUCAUCAGCAAUGACUGACAGUGUAAAGUCACUGCUCGUAGGCGAGCGCAUUUGGCUGCAGGCACCGUUUGCUGGCGGACGGUGGGUUGCCGAGCACGGUCCUCUGCGGAUUGUGUCGGCCGCGCCCGGCUGCGCGCUGGCCUACAUGACCAUGCCUGGCGGACGUGGCCUCGCACUGUGGACGGGUUUGCCCCAGGGGCAGCUGCGACGCGUCUUGGAGGCGCAGCAGCCCACCUCCGUGCAACUGGAAGUCCCCAACCUUGAGUUUGAGGGUUUGCCAGUACUGCUGCCGGCUGGGCAGGAUCGCAUUCUGUUUGUGAAGCUCAACGGGCGUGCCUCCAGCGUUUACGGUGAGCCUUGCGCAGCGAAGCUCACAUUGGAGGACCGGGAAGAUAAUGAUCCACCAUUCACCUGCCAUGUACGUCGCGCAGACAGCACAGAUGUUUCGCCAGAUCUGGUGCAAGUGACAGCGGGAUUCAGCUUGGCCUACGGGGGUCACUGGUGCCGGUUGUCGAGCGCCAUAGACCCACCCGAGAUGGAGCUGUCCCUGUCGGUGGUCGUGGCUCUAGCGGCUAAAGGUGGAGAAGCCGAGCCAGUUCCUAUGGCGUUGGUAGCACCUAUCCAGCUUGUCCGCGUGGAAGCAGCUGGAAGCUACAUUCAACUGGUCUAUCUGGCUGGUCCCAGCGUGGCCACAAAGAUUGCGAUUCGGCAUCUGGACGGUGUCCCCAUCAGACCAAAAAAGGCGCCCGAGCGAAUCGGCGAAACCAGCCACUGGAAGGUGACGAUCCGGGUACCCUCGUACACUUCGUGGCUGUUACUAGAGUGUUCUGGCACAAAGCAGCGCUUACGUGUGCCUUUGGAAAAGUACAGAUUAGAAAACGAGAGUUCAUGGUCAAGCUGGCUGCGAAGCAUACCUGGUAUCAUUUUGGCACUGGUAAUUGCGGGCACAUUUUGCUACCACCGCUUCAUGCCUGACCGGUCUUCAGCAGUCACUGCGUUGAUGACACCAGGUCCAAUGACCAUGGCACCAGGCCCAAUGGUCAUGACAGCGGCUCUCAGGUCGCAUGACCCCCAACAGCGGUCACCAAGUAAAGUACCGCCUUACGUCACCCAGAAUGAGCCAGUACGCCUGUGGAGCAGGCUAGACAGCAGCACCAGCUGGUCUCAGCAUCGUGCACCAUCACCUGAUCCACAGCACACGUUCUAGCCAAUUUUGGCUCGCACGUGGACCGGAGUUUGAGAGCCCUGUGCCAAGAAGCGGGGACACUGGGGAGGGGUGCUAUUGUAUUUCUGAAUUUAUUUCAAUUCGAUUUCCAGACUAUGUGGAGUGACUGAGUGUGCUAUUCGUGUGCUUGCUUUCAGCACGCACUGCAGUACUGUUACUAGCAGUUUUACUACUACUGGGAAGCUGAGUUGCAGUUUGCAAACCGGUCAAUAAGAGUAUAUUUGCUAAUUUAAUUGUUGUAUUUGAUUACCAGGUUGUGGGGAGAGCUCGUUCAAUCGGUGUACUCUGUUGAACCAGCCAUAGUACACUGCCAUUACGAUACGUAUUUGCUACUGAUAGACACACUCUUGAGUUGCAUGCAGCACCAGCAAGUGCCCUACUGAACAAAAAAAAAUUUAGCUAAAGAAAGAAAACAAAAUGCAGCACUGCUUCUGCGCAUGAAAGCACCGAGAUUAGUUAUGUUUUUCAGCGAACACCUCUUUGCUAUUCAUGCUUUUGAUAGGCACUCGAAUUUGAUGUUGAACUUGGCAGGCUGAUGUUUCACUAAUAAAUGUCCGCAUGAUAAGUGCGAAAAGCCAUGUAUAACCUCGCAUAUAGAACAAAGAAAUGAAGUUAUGCUUACUUGAA